AUGGCGAGGUUGUCAAGCGCGCCAUCGUGGUCGUCGUUAGUGCGUCCCAUGCAGCCAAUCCAAGAUUCAUCUUCGGCAGAAAAGGUCACGGGAUCCCGCUCGUCAGGGCAGGAUCGCAACGUCACGCAAGAUCGCCCCGAACCUCUGCUCGUCACGCCAGUCCGCACCCUGCAUCAAGACCUCGAUCUUUUGGUUCGUCACGCCGAGGAGAACAAUGAUAUAACCGCGCACUUGGAUGAAUUGGAGGCAGUGCUCACGCGGUACAAGGCCACCCAUACCAGUCAGCAGAUACUUGCGCAGUUGCCCGGAUCUAUCCAGAUUCUCUACAACGUCGUCAAGGGACCGGCAGGGAACAAGCUCGGUGGAGUCGUCAGGUCCGUCAGCCAAGCUUGGCAAAUCACCCCCGAAGCCCUUCUCAGAUCGUUCAACUUCGUAACCAGUAGGCGCUUCUUCGACGAUCUGAAGACGCUGGCUCUCUCUCACAGCUUCGAGGUUGCCUAUCCCGUCUUGCAAACGGCACGAGGUCAAAGGAGAUCAGGCAACGGCCCAGAGCGAGUUCCCUCGGACGUCCAGGCCGCUCUUGUUAUUCUCCAAAAGCAAGUUGCUGCUCAAUUGGAGGUGGAUCAGACUGUGACUUCUGAUACUGACGAACACAGUCGGGAGGCUGAAAACAAGAGGUCAAGGACCAUUAUUUCCUGCCUUGAACACAGCGAGCUGGAAGACAUUGACCUGGCCGGGGCUGUGCCUGAGCACGACAUAGUGAUCGACUCUAUUGAUGACCUGGGUGUCAUCCCACCGGGCUCGGACACACAGGACAUCCAUCAGAGCAGCUCCAUCGACGGCGCAUCUUCGGUCUCCAGCCAUCACCCACAUCCGAUGUCCACCAGUCCACUUACACCCAACUCUGCUCCGCCCAAAAACCUGACCUUGGUCUCUGAAGACUCAUUCCUCGUCACUCCUCUCACGCCUUGCGUGUCUACCAUGGUUAUGGCUGGGACGUCAACUCCAAAGCCGGUUGAAGACGCACAUGUCGAUCAGGACAGCACGCCAGAAGGACAACACCAAUCCACAGGUGACCAAGGCCUAACCAAGGAUUCCUGCCACUUUGACUGGUCACGGCUACCGCCUGGGGUUUCGGAAAGGCUACGGCCUGGUGUACGACUUAAUUGCGACGCUAUGAACACAUUGUUCGACUUGAUCAGCGGGGCCACUCCCCCAGGCGCAGUGUCUAUCCUUCACACGCAAAUCGUUCAAGGUUCUUCGCCUCCGCUCGCCGCACGUUUCGAAGCCAUGUCAGAGAGCCAGACGAUACUACUUCCACUUCAUCUGCCUAAGGAAGAGCACUGGGUUCUGGCUGUAUGCCGACAUUCUGGGCCUUUUGAAAUUUGGGACUCGUUGUUCAGCCAAUCUCCCUCCUGGAAGAAGGACGCCGAGAGUGCAGCGAUGAACGCACUGUCAAAGGUUUCCCCACGUUGGCUGCCAAAUGUGCUGGCCAACUUUGAUUGGAAGCUCGGUAUCCAGCAAGAGAACGACACCGACUGCGGCGUGGCGGUACUUGUCAAUGCGAUGUACAUCUUGACGGAACGUUUGUCUUCUGAGCCUGUUGACAUGUCUCUCUGGAGGCGCGUCCUUGAGACUCUCCUGACGCCGCCACGCACCGCGAUGACCGCUUGGAAGCUACAUCCUGGCUACGACGAGAUCAACUUGGUCGAAGAUGAGCCGAUCACGCUCCGCAAGGGAGCCAAGAUAACGGGUCAAAACCUGUCAGCCGCCCAAGAGAUGAGGCGGGAGUGGAAGCGGAAGAUGAUGGAGAGCAUAACAUCACAGGUGUCGGCUGGUACUGAAAGGCUGGUAGCCUACGGUAUUAGAGUUGAAGGCAUACGCAACACGUUCAAUACGCUCCGGACAGCAUAUCCUGUUGUUAUGUCCUCGGCGGAGCUUCAGGCAUGCGUUGCGAAGGCUGAUUCCAGACGAGCCGCCUUACACAAAAUGCGUGCAAUCAUCGACCCUGCUCAAGACGAGGUGGACUUUGCAAGUCUCUUAGCAUCAAGGUGUCGAGCCAUGAAGAGGAGGGCUCUCAACAUUCAAUACGCAACGGAAGGCGUGGAUGCUCUGUUGACACAGCUCACCUUGGAGCUAGAGGAUGUUAAUCGACGUCAGAUAGCCCUGCAGCAGUUGGGCAAGAAUACCGAUUUGUUCUAG